UUUCAGGGGAAUGUGCUUCAUAAGCAAGGGAAGUUCAAUAACGCCUCUGAGAAAUAUUUGCUUGCAAAGAAAAACCUUAAAGGACUUCCAUCUGCGAAAGGAAAAACACUUCUACUGGCAUGCUCUCUUAAUCUCAUGUCAUGUUAUUUGAAAACAAGGAAAUAUGAUGAGUGUAUAGAAGAAGGCUCUGAGGUUUUGUCUUAUGAUGCAAAGAAUGUUAAAGCUCUUUACCGAAGAGGUCAAGCAUAUAAAGAACUCAGCCAAUUAGAAGAUGCCGUCUCAGACUUGAGAAAAGCAAACGAAGUUUCACCUGAUGAUGAAACAAUCGCCAAUGUCUUGAGGGAUGCUGAGGAAAGAUUGGCUAGAGAAGGCAGUCAUCAAGCACCUCGGGGAGUGGUAAUUGAAGAAAUAAUUGAAGAAGCUGCAAGCAUCUCUUCUUCUAAUCUUCAAAGUCCAUCUACUGAACCUUCGUUGAAACAACCACGAGAAAGUACUGGAUUCUCUAAGAGUGAGAGUGUGAAAAAUGUUGGGGACUUGAGAACCAAUUCCGAGUGUCUGCAGGCUCUGAAGGAGGAUCCAGAGUCGGUCAGGUCAUUUCAAAAUUUCAUUUCUAGUGCCGAUCCUGACACCCUUUCUGCUAUGAGUGGUGGUAAAGUUGGAGAGGUGUCACCAGACAUGUUAAAGACUGCUUCAAAUAUGAUCAGCAAGAUGUCACCUGAAGAGCUACAAAGAAUGGUUCAAUUGGCUUCUUCAUUUCAUACAGAAAACCCAUAUACAGGUGGAUUUAGAUCUGGUUCCGCUCCUUCAAAUGUGACACCUGACAUGCUUAAAACUGCAACUGAUAUGAUGACCAAGAUUCCUCCAGAAGAGCUUCAGAAAAUGUUUGAAAUGGCAGCUUCUUUGAAAGGGAAAGAAUCUAUUCCGACAGCAACAGCUGUAAACAAUAACAGGCUAGAUUCAGAUGCUGAAGUUAAAUAUCCCGAAUCUCAGGCAGCAUCUCUCACCAAUGUUAAUAGUGGUUUUGGUGAAACCGGGCCUUCUAGUUCUAGUUGUUUUCCGAAUUCAAGGAGUGCUGAGUCAAGUUUUCCAACAUCAACUGCUGAUAUACAAGAACAGAUGAGAAACCAAAUGAAAGAUCCAGCUAUGCGGCAGAUGUUCGCAUCAAUGAUGAAAAACAUGAGUCCAGACAUGAUGGCAAACAUGGGCGAACAAUUUGGAUUGAAGCUUUCUCGGGAAGAUGCUGCAAAAGCUCAACAAGCUAUGUCAUCUUUAUCACCCGAGGACUUGGAUAAAAUGAUGCGCUGGAUGGAUAGGAUCCAGAGAGGAGCCGAAGGUGCGAAGAAAGCAAAGAACUGGUUGCUAGGGAAACCUGGUAUGAUUCUGGCAAUAUGCAUGCUCAUCUUGGCGGUGAUUCUUCACAGGUUGGGUUUCAUUGGUAGUUAG